UCUGGCACGGCACGACAUCCAACAUGCGCGUCUCUUCAGCAAUAGCAGGCCUCCUUGGGCUCGUGGCAUCAGCGGGAAUCGCAUAUGCUCAAUCUGCUCGGGAUGCGUCCCAAGUUUACAGUCCAGAAAAUGUCCGAAACAGCACUCGGCCCCUGGUGGACAGCAUUCUGAGAAUUUACCACGGCAAUCGGACCACACCUCUGCCUGGUUUCAUACCGGGCCUGUUUCCUAAACCAUAUUACUGGUGGGAGUCUGGCCUCGCAUUCGACUCUUUGAUUAACUACUGGGCAUACACCGAGGAUGAGACAAUCGUUGACCUUGUCCGCCAAGCUAUGGUAUUCCAAGUCGGUCCAGAUCUCAACUACAUGCCGCCAAACCAGUCCAAGUCGCUCGGUAACGAUGACCAAUCCACCUGGGCUUUGGCUGCUAUGACUGCCGCAGAGUUCGGCUUCCCAGAGCCAGUAUCGAUCAAUGCUACCUGGGCGCAGCUCGCUGCCAACGUCUUCGACAGUCAGGUGGCGAGAUGGGAUGAAGAAUCUUGCGGCGGAGGCCUGAAGUGGCAGAUUUUCACUUUCAAUGCAGGAUAUAAUUACAAGAACUCCCUGACGCAAGCGAACUUUGCCCAGCUGGGUGCUCGUUUAUCGAAGUAUACCGCGAAUUCCACAUACCUGGACUGGGCGCAGCGAGCUAUCGAGUGGUCCUUCAACAUCGGCCUGGUUGAUGCCGACCGUUCUGGCAUCUAUGACGGAACUGAUGACACUACGAACUGCUCUGAGGUGAACCACAUUCAAUGGACAAUCAACGCAGGCCAAUUCUUGGACGCAUACGCCUACGCUUGUAACGAAUCGUCAAGCUGUACGCGUUGGUUCAACAGCAUUGGUGCGGUGGCAUUGGCCGAGCUCCCAGUGUUCACAGAUGACGAUGUGCUCUACGAGGUGGCCUGCGCUCCCAAUAAUAACUGCAAUGUGGAUCAGCUUGCAUUCCGCGCACCUCUUGCUCGUGCCCUUGGCAAUGUGCGAGACAUGGUCAACACUACAGUUGUUACCCUCAAUGGCACCUCCAGCUCCUCCACCAAUAAAACCGAUUACAUCAGCACCAUCAUCGAUAGGAGCGCGCAAGGCGCGCUACGGCAGUGCGCUGCCGCUACCAACAAUAGUCAGACUGCCGUCCGCUGUGGCAGCGACUGGUCCAGCACUGAAUGGGAUGGAACUCAGGGCCUUGGACAGGUUCUGAGCGCUCUUGAGAUCAUGCUUGCGGGCAUACCAAGGAAGCGGUUGAACACCAUGAACUCCACAGUGAACGGAAAUGGAACGUCCACCUCUGGCAACGGCAGUGGUACUGGUACGGGAGGUGGCUCUGCAACGAGCAGCCCUGCUGCGCCCAACGAAGCAGGCAGUGUGGUGUCUGCGUCAUUUGUUGCGACCUUGAUGACUGUAUGCUUCGGUGCUGUCUUCUUCGCACUUGUGUAGAAUUAAUGACUACAAAAUGUACAACAGAAACUUUUCGCCUCUGCAGUCUACGCAGGAGAAGCCUU